CUGGAUAUUUCUCUCUCAUUCUAUGUGUUGUGCAUCAACACCCAAGAGAGCCCGCUCUCUCGCGCUCCCCGAGACCGGUGAAACGGAAGCAUUUGCGCCGUGUAUGUAUGCGAGAGAAUUUUUCGGUGGAAGUUGGUGGCGAAGCAAAAGUCUGCAAGCGCCAAGGCAGUUAGUUCUGUGUUGGAUGUUAGAGUGAGUGGAUGUGCACUGCGUGAAUUUCCACAAGUCUCGGGCCGAUCGAUCGUACAUAUUAAGUAAAUUAUUCUCAUUCCAUCGUCGCACCUGAAGUGACAUUGCCUGCAAAAAGUGAUUCAGUUUAUUUUUUUCUACUCUAACCGAAACGAAUUGGACUUGAAGAAACAUUUCUGCAAUAGAUUUUUUGAUAGGAUUGUUCAGAGCGAAAAUACCUUUUUCUUUGCCCCUAGAUUUGUGGCAGAAAUCACCCAUUAGCGGUACUGAGAGACAAAACGUUAAUCCUCGAGAUUAAAUCGCAAUGCGAUUUAAUUAAAGAAAAAGUUUUUCGAGUGUGUGGCUGUUUUCUCUUGAAAAAAAAACGAAGCAAGUAAAUAGCUCUCUAAUUCGGUAUUGCACGCGGAUUUAUUUCUCCAAAUAGCGACUUUCUGGCUUUUUCAUUGCUGGGGGAAUUUCUUCACGGCUUCUUGGAGAAAUAGAGUGACGGCGUUUUGUGAUUAAUACAAGAGGAAAAUUAAUCAAAAAUUCCCCAUAAACUUUUUUGAGGUUAGAAGAUCUAAAGUUUCAAAUUGAUUUUCAAACUGUAAUGGACAUUUUAAAGUUGGCUGGUUGUGAUUGGAGCUAAAUGAAUGUUUUUCUUUUGCAUUUAAUUGCGUGCCUACAGUUUGUAAGGUUCUAUUGAUUGCUGACCAGUACGAGAGAUUGUGUGCCGACGAGGAUUAGAAGUGGAAAAUUCGUGAAAAUUGCAGUUUUAUCCUUGAUAAUAGCGUCCUUUCAACUGUCAUGAAGGUGAUGCAAUUUCUUCACUAAACCGAAGGAUUUUUUCCAUUUAAAGGGACAAAACAAAGUUUAAGGAACUUGGUCAUUGUGAGAAAGUUGGUGCUAUAGCUUUCCACAUCCCUCAAGAACCGGCAAAAGAAAAGUAAAUUGACACGGCCAAAGUGUAUGAAGCCCAAAAGUCCAAUAAUGAAAAUUCAGUAGUUUGGUGAAUUAAUGGUGGAAGUUGGAGAAAUAUUUGGAUUAUUGAGAACGACGAGGGACUAAAUUGGACGGUGUCACGCAAUUUUUUCUUCUUCCUAAAGACCCCCACAUUUCUCCUCAUCGUACUUUUGCAUAAAAGAUACAUUAAAAGUGAAAUAAUAACAGUGAAGAACAUUCUUCUUCCGAGGUGGGUGAAUAAAUUUCCAAACGCGAUGAUUGAUUCUUCUGGAGGACUUUUCACCACUUAGGAGACCUGCCCUCCCGUACGGAAAUUUUCAGUAUUGUCAGUUGAUGAGCGGCAAAAGAUCGCGGAGCUUCAAGUGUGCCGUCCAUCAUCGUGACAGGGAAGUUUGUUCUGAAAACGAUUUCCACAUCAUUUUUCAGGAUCCACCAUUCUUUGAAAGAAUGGUUCACGUGAUUGCGAUGGAAGUACUUCCGGAGGAACGAGACCGGAAAUACUAUGCAGACAAUUAUUCAUGUUGUCCACCUCCGCUCUUUGUGAUAUUUGUGACGCUAGUUGAGUUGGGCUUUUUCACAUACCACACACUCACAUCGGGACAAGCAGAUCCCGCAGGACCCGUACCCAUUGAUUCAAUGUUCAUCUAUCGCCCCGAUAAGCGACAUGAAGUGUGGCGAUUCCUCUUCUACAUGGUCCUCCAUGCAGGUUGGUUCCAUUUGGGUUUCAAUCUCGUCGUGCAACUGCUGGUUGGUUUGCCCCUCGAAAUGGUUCAUGGCUCCACUAGAAUUGGUUGCGUCUACUUGGCCGGCGUUCUGGCGGGCUCACUCGGUACCAGUGUGUUUGACCCGGAGGUGUACCUGGUUGGAGCCAGUGGGGGAGUCUAUGCCCUCUUGGCUGCUCACCUUGCCAAUGUGAUGCUAAACUACAGUAAUAUGCAGUACGGAAUUGUUCGAUUGGCGGCGAUUUUUAUUUUCGCUUCUUGUGAUGUUGGCUUUGCGAUUUAUUCGAGGUACGCCGUUGAGAAUACUACGGCACCAUCUGUGUCCUAUGUUGCACAUCUCACGGGUGCCCUUGCGGGUCUCACCAUUGGUCUGCUGGUGCUGAAGAAUUUCGAGCAGAAAUUGCACGAACAGCUCCUUUGGUGGGUGGCACUUGGUGUGUAUGCAGCUUGCACCAUCUUUGCCGUUGUCUUCAAUCUCCUCAAUACGGUUACGGUGCAACGACUAGAGGAACAAGGGGAGGUCAUUAAGGAGCAAAUUUUCCAUGAUUUGGGCAUUUAAGGGGACGCCUCCCCCACCAUCCAUGCGAUAUAGAUUAGUUUUUAAUUUCAACACCCACACCCAGAUAAAUUAGGAUUAUAAAAUGUAUAUAAAACAUUUUUUUGUACACAAAACUACUCACAAAAUGUUAUCCCUGUAAUUUAUUCUCAGUCUCCGAGGAAGAUUUAAUUACAUAAUCAUCUUCCCUCCAAUUUAUGUAAUAUAUAUUGUAUUAAUUAAUUUUGCUUUACCUAUAAUUUCACUAUUUAUGUUUAUGAUGUGUUGUGUAAAUAGGCGCUUAGAACAAAAAAAUAGAGGACUGUCCUUUAUUCUUUUCCUUUGGAAAUGCGCAUUCCACCUGCAGUGACCGAUAAAACCGAGAUAAAACCAAUUUAGGAAAAAAAAAGAAAAGAAAAUUUAUUCUGUGUAUAAAGCGAAUAUUUAUUAGAUUAUUAUAAAUAGAAAUAUAAAAAAAAUAAAGGAAAUGUUGUAAAUAAGUUUAAACGAAAAAAGUAAUGAAUGUAGAUACAUAAGAGAGCCCAGACAAAAUCAUCCAAAAAAAGUAAAAUUUCUAUAGCUUCGACAUUGCAAGAAAGAAAGAAAAAUUGAUGAGACACAACCACAAAUCAUGCCACCCCCAUACACGCUCCUAUAAGUCUUUUAGGCCAUUUUAUCAGGUGUGUUGAAAGCACAAAUUUAGCAAGUACACAAUAAAGAGGAAAAUUUGAUGAUUAGAUUGAUAACGCGGAGAAAAAAUUGAGGAAGAAAAAAAUGGGCCUAAUGGUGAGAAAACAACUCGUACUAAAUUCUUAAUUUUAAUGCUCCGUUUAUCGGCGUUUCCUCUGUAAAACAUCCAUCACAAACACACAUUUAUUGUGUCUCCGUCAAUUCCCUCACCUCCCCAUUAUAAUUGUUAUUAAAUUUGUUUAUCUGUUGCCAAAUGCGAUCAAUAUUUUCAUCAUUAAUUCUGUAAAAAGAAAUAAAGAAUUACUACAACAUAAGAUAAUCUUGAGACAUGCAAAAUGAUGCUGAAAUUGAAAAUUAAUUAAAGAUUUCUUUGAUUAAGUUCUUUAUGAAAUAAUUUAUGCAAAGAUUUAUGCUACAUUAAAACAAUAUUUAUUUGAAUAAUUUUCUUCACAAGUUCGACAUAGAAUUUAUUUUUAUUAAUUUUUUUUUCUGAGUGGAUAUUAUAAACAAGAAUUCUGGAUAAAGAAAAAAUUUAAAAAAAACAAAGAACAAGAAAUUAAAGGAAAUUUUGAACAGAAUAAAACCAAAUAAAAUUGAAAAUAAAGAAACAUAAAAUGGAAAAAGGCAGAAAAUUAAAAGAAAAUGAAAAAAUGAAUUACAUAAAAAAUCUUUUUACCAUGAAAGAAAAACAAAAAAGAAAAGAAAACAUCCAGCAUGUCUCAGAGAUAAUCUCCUAUAUCCUUAAUCUAAACCAUUUUGCAUUAUUUGUUGUGUUGUGCAUUUAAAACCAAAGACUGAACUUGACAUAGAAAAUGAAUAAUUUUCUCAUGAGAAAUAUCUCUUUAUUUUUCCUUUUUAAAAAACCUGAAUUUUUCCAUUAAUUUUCACUUCAAACUCACUGAAUUCCGUGCGGGCUGAUAAAAGCAACAAAAACAACAAAAAAUCUAUAUUUAAAACUAAAAUUGAACUAGUCAAUGUAGGAUUAACAGAAAAAAAAAACAAGAAAAAGAAUGAAAUGUAAAGAAAAAGAAAUGAAGAAAAAUCGCAAAGAUUAGCAUUAAGAUGUAUAAAAAAAAUCAUUUGAUCUUUCGUAAAGUAUUUGGAAAAGAAUUGGAAAGAAUUGUAGCAUUAGAGUGAGGAAGAAAACUAAAAAAAAAACAUGGAAUAAACUUAUUCAAGUCACAAUAUUCAAAGAUGCAUUAGCGUGUAGUAACUUAUAGUAAAAAAAAAUGAAGAGAGAAAAAGAAAAUAAAUAAUGAAGAAAAUUCAAACGAUUGUGAAUUGGAAUUGAAUGAAAAAUUAUUAAGAAAAAAAAUCGAAUAGCUUCGUAAAUGUUAGAGAAAUGACAAAAAAUUGCAAGAAAAUAAACAAGGAGAGCAAAAAACUUUAUCUAAUAUGCCAAAGAUUUAUUUAGUAAUUUUAUAGAAACAUCACAAAAACCUCUAAAAAUAAAAUUGAAAGAAUUCACUGAAGAAUACAAUUUUUGGGAAGAAUCUUUUUUUUAAUUAAUUUUAUUUUUUUGAGUUUUUUCUUAAUACGGUCAGAAUUUAUUUUUUAGCUUUCUUUGAAAAAUUAAAAAUUUAAGUAUUCUAAUUUCUUUAAAGUUCUUUUCAAAAUUCAUUUUAAGAUUUCAAAAAAAAAUCCCUCUAAAUAAUGAAAAAAAAAGCUUUUCAACCCAAAAUUGAAUUCUAAAUCUCAAAAUAUUCCAUAGAUUUUUCUUUAAAAAUUAAAUUUUCUUUCCACAAUGCAAAAUUUUUCAUUUUAGAUCAAAAGAAUUCUUUAAAAGGAAAAAAAUCAUUUCGGAGAGUUUCAAAAUUCCUCGUUUUUGUUUUUCUUCAAAAACUGAACUGCAACACUGCCAAAAAAAUGAAUAUUCUUUUUGUAAAUGUAGGAAAUAUUAAGAAAAAAAAGAACGAAAUUGACCAAUUUGUUUGUGUAUUGGAAAAUGAAAAUAAUGAAAGAAAAAUGAGAGAAAUGAAAAAAAGAAUGUGAAUAAAAACACAAUAAUGUCACAAAAA